AAAAGGAAAAAAAAAAAAAAAAGAAGAAAACUCAUCAUCGGCCGGCUGGACGUGUCUGCGUACGACCGUCAGUCCUCACCCUCCCGCGCCAAUUCGUCCCCAGGCCCUGUCCUCGAUGGACCCGGCGUGUCGUUGAGGACUGGAUCUUCGCUCUUUUCUCACUCCCCACCUCCCAAUUGCCUUGGAUAUCCAUUAUCCAUCACCCGGAAUAACCCCCUCCCUCGCAAAGGAACAAAAACACCAUUUACUGGUAAGAAUUACUCAAUAUGCCGCUUCGACGGCCUAGCACCGCAGAUGGCCAGUCGGCCUUAUCAUCGUCGCCUUCGUCGUCGCUCGGCACUAAGCGCCGCUUCCCGCUGCUCGGCCGCAAAAAGAACCGGAAUUCGGAGCUGAUCCGGCCCUCGACCGGCCUGUCGCUCUCGCUCUCGUCGUUCUCGUCGUCGUCCCCCAAGGUCAAGAAGCCCGGCCUGCGCGUCCACAUCCAGGUCAAGUUCGAAGGACCUCACCCCUCCGACCACGUCCGUGACUACGAGGCUUCCUCGCAGCUUGUUGCCUCGGACCGCCUUUGCCAGGCGUUGCUUUCUCGCCUGCAGCACUGCUGUGCCGAGCUUAUCACCCGCCACGAUUGCUCCGCUCUGGACCCGCUGCGCAAGCCCCAUCGCGAUGUCAAGCCGUUGCGCUAUCGUAUCACGUACCGCGUCGAGCGAGAGGGCCUGACCCUGGUCGAAAAGUCUCUGCGCUCCUUCCAGGAGUAUGCCCCGACCGCCGACGACGCCCGUGAGGUCGUAUCCGCUACUGACCGCAUUGUCGGCCUCUUCCUGGUCCGCCACGACCCGGGCUUCCGAUGGCCUGAGUCGCCUGAGACGGAGCCCGUCAACCUCGAGUCCGAGACGGUCCGGCCCUCCACCGGCCGGCCCCAAGCAAUUAGCUGCAUUCCGCGAUCCCGCUUCAUCUACAACACCCAGGCUUUCGAGCUGGUUCCCGGUUAUACCAUUGAGCUGUUCCUCCGCAGCCGCUGUGCCAUUCGCUACCCCGAGAACCGCAAUGCCUCCAUCAAGAUAGACAGUCGCCAGCCCACUCCCCUGACCCUCCUGCUUGGCGAGGAGCUCACGACCCGCGUCUCCAACCUCAUCAUCGACCCCGUUGAUUCGUACAAGCGUAAGUUUGACAAGCGUCACCGCUCGUGCAAUGGCCUCGAGGGUAGCGGUGGCUGCCAGCAUGUUGAAGAUGGCGCCGUUGAUGUCAUGGUCAAGGUAAGAAACAACCUUGGACCUGACUACAACUACUUUUCCCACCGCAUUCAGACCAGCAAGGUCCUCUUCAACGAUCCCAAUGGCCGCGACUUUGACGAGUUCGCCAACUCUGUGAAGGCCAAGCUUGAAAAAGCCCGUGACAUGUCUGACAAGUCGGUCCGCUCCAUGGAUGACCUCACACUCCGCAUUCGCGAGCUGCGCGGCAAGAACUGGUCUGUCCAUGAGCCAUUGACCGUCCGCCUUGACUCCUCCGUCACCUACUGUCGCCAAACCGUAGAGGCCAUCAUGGAGCGCCUCCAAGCCGGCAUCAGCAACGUUCUUGAGGGCCAUGAAGAUGCCCUAGCCAUCAUGACCGCUCACAAGCGUGGCCAUCUCAUCUACGACGGCUUCCUUGACGGAGCCGGCGGCGACGACCACACCCCCCUUGAGAAGUACUCAUCCCGCGACCUGGAGAGGAAAGCCCUCGAGGCGAAGCUCAAGGAGCGUAUCCGUGCCGACAUUACAAUGCUGUGCAAGGAUACUUGCGCCCUCGACUGCUCCGACUUCUUGCCCAACCUGAAGCUGCGCGCCAGUGGUGCGUCAGCCGGCCCGAAAGCCAACAGCACGCCAGUAGACAACAACGCCCUGAAGAACACCGCCCGACCCUCCUCUGAACUGUCUCUCGCCCGAUCCGUUGGUAGCGGGCGAUCUGACCACACUCUUUCCAAGAAGCAUGCUAAGGAGAACCUGAGGGAGCCAUCCUUAAGGGAGCCGUCUCUGGCCCCUUCAUCCCUGGCCCCUUCGACCCCCGUCAGCACUGCCCCGGCUGAUCUGCAACGCGUUCCAUCUGGCGUUGAAAUGGCAAAGAAGUACGGCUACAUGGCUGACUUCAUCGCCGAUGACGAAAAUCUCCCUCGUGACAGCAUCAUUGUUACCCCCCAGUCCGCCCGGGCCAUGCCCCACGACCAGUCCAACGAGGGCCUCCGCAUCAUCGACGAUGGUAGGAGAAUCAUCUACGAGGAACAGUCCGACGCUGAUGCCAUCGCUCGCGGCGUGACGGAAUUCCAUCGGUACCCAGAAGAUGAGCCGAUCCAGCUCAUCAAGGAUCGACUCCCGGAGACUCCCGAGAGGAAGGCGACGCGACGAUCCCUGGAUACUCGCAUGCCUGAUCUGUCUGGAAACAUGGAUUCGGUCAUCCACCAGGCGGUCAUUUCAACCCCUGUUUCAGCACCAAAGACAGAAGAGAAGCUCAAGGAGCCCGCGGUGAUUGAAGCUGCCAAGGCCCCCAAGGCCGCUGAGCAGCCUGUUACCCUGGUUUCUACCGAGGAGACCACGCCUCAAGAACCAACAGUAGAGAAGGUCGCUAUUCCCGUCGAGGUGACUGAACCUGUUAAGACCGAAACUACUCUUGAGAAGUCCAAACCCGAAGAGGUUGUCUCCAAGGAGGUUGUCUCUAAGGAGACAGCCGUUCCUAGUAUUGCUGAGAAGAGCGAGAUCUCCCAUGAUGAGCCGUGGGAGAUGGUCGACGCCAAUGAUGCGCCUCAACCCCAGUCAGCUUCCGCUGGUUUGGUGCCAGAGGCAGUCGAGGCCAGCUCCAAGUCUGAGACGAGCGUCGGGACUAGCACUGCUCCCCCCAGCAUUCGGGAGGAGAUUGAAUCCACGGAGAAGCCAACUCCUGCCGUCGAAGAGGUACCCAACGCGUCCGGAGAAAAGACUCUGGAGCCUGCCACAACCGAACUGGCAUCUCCCAAGGAGAUAGUUGAGCAACCUAAGGAGAUUCCAGCUGAGGUUCAGGUUGAGCCCACCGUCGAGGCUGAGAAGCAGGUCUCGGAAGCCGCGAGGGCGACUUCCGAGGUCGUACCUGUUGUCAGUGUUGAGCGUGAGGUUUCUCCCGAGUCGGACGCAGUUGAGGAACCCAAGGAAAACAUCGCCCUGGAUGAUUUCCCUGAGCCUCCUCACGAGCACAGCUCCCACACUGAGUCAAAGGCUGAGGAGGUCACCACCGAAGUUGAAAAGCCCAAGGAGGAGCAGACCCUCGUCCAAGAGCUUGCAGUCUCCGAGGAACACCAGGAACAGUCUGAGACGACUCUCCUCCAGGUUGCAGAAGCCCUCCAGCCCGAGAAUGUUCGCAGUUCCAGUGACUCUGGCAUCUCCAUGGAGGAUCAGCCUAGGGAUGAACAACCCAAGAAUGAAGUCCUCAAGGAGGAAGAAUCCAAGGAUGAUGGGUCCAAGGAUGUAAUCCUCGAGGCAGAAGUGCCCGAGGAGAAGAAGUCCGAGACAGUUGAGUCUCCGCCUUCUACACCAAAGAAACCCCUCCUUUCUGCAGAGGAGAACGGUAAAUCUGUGAUGCCUGAUGAGAUGGAGUACGAGUCUUCGCCUACUCUCAGCAGGCACUCGUCUCCUAUGGAUUCUCCCAUGCUUUCUCCCAUGCUUGCGCCAGUUCCCGAAGAGGAUAUUUCUGAUGAUGAAGCCGUUAGCGGCAGCUAUUUUCCCCUGACAAGAGGAACUCCCGCCCUUCCACCUGCACACUCUGCCCCGGUGGAGAGGCUCCUCACCCCUGAAGAUCGAACUCGCAUCAUCUCGGCGUUCGACGAGCUCCCCGAGCCCCCUCGCUUCGAGCGCGCCAACCUGCCACCCGUUCUCAUACGCCCUCGCACCAACACCCUCCCAGAGCGUCGUUAUUCGACAGCCUUGACACUGGACAAAGGGCCCUUUCACAGCGGCGAUGCUUCUCCCAUCGACGCACCACCCAAGAGCGCCAUCUUCCCGCGCCAGGUCUCCGCCAGUCACCGCCGCCAACCCUCCGCCGGGUGGAUCGGUCUUCGCGAGCAGCGCAUGCAUGAGGUUGGCCUCCGCAACGCCCUCAUGCCCUACCGCUUGCGCGCAAUGCGUGGUGAUCAGGAUAGCUGGAGCCGUCCUGCCACCUCGUACAGCGAGCAGUGAGCACGGGAACCCUUUUCACCGCAACAACAUUGUUUUGAUACAUGAGAGCUUGAAUGGAGGGAUGGGAGGGGAGUUGCUUUUUAAAGGGAUACAGGAAACGGAAGGAGGAAUUGACGGGAGCACUAUAUGGAAUAGGUAGCUGCGCUGGCAAUGGCGUUUGGGGUUUUUGUUGUGACAGCCGAUGCGUUUGCAUUUCUGGCGAGCAUUUAGCAUUAGCGGAUUGCUCACAGCGAGAUGAUUAUAUAGCUACAUAGCUGCGAUCGUUUAUACAUACAA